AUGUCUUCCUCGAACCCAACCGACCAAUCCGUCACAGACGCCGUCAACGCAAUCGUCACCCUAUAUAACGUCGGCAACAAAGAAGAAUGCAUCCGCCGGGCCGAAAUCCUUCUCGCCUCUCCCCUCCUCGCCCAUCUCCAAUUCCACAUUCUGGUGGUCCUGGCUUCGGCCACUAAGGACGUUAAAAGAGCCAACGCGUACUGCGUUGAAGCGGAGUCACUUUGGCUCGAGCUGCCUGAAUGGCACUCGCAGAGGGGCGAUCUGGAGAUUAGUCGGGUGUUGGAGGAGCUUCGGGGAAUUUUGGAUGGGCUCAAGUUGAGCCUUGAACAGGAGGCGAAGAACAGACCUGACUACCCUGCUUGCAUGGAUCAGAUGAAGGGUUUGACGCUGGUUGCCGUGGAACCGUCAGACCCCAUUGCCGACGCCAUGGAUACCCAUAUGAUCGACGAAGAAAAUUGA